UCUCUGCUCCUAGACCAGCUGUCCCUCAGGCUGGUUGGGGCAGGAGGUGACUGUGCUGGGAGGCUGGAGGUUUAUCACAAGGGCUCCUGGGGGACAGUCUGCGAUGACUCCUGGGACCUGGCAGACUCUCAGGUGGUGUGCAGCCAGCUCCAGUGUGGGAUGCCCCUCAGUGCCCCAGUCCUGGCCUCCUUCAGCCAGGGAACUGGACCCAUCUGGCUGGAUGAGGUAGGCUGUCUGGGGAACGAGUCAUCUCUGUGGGAAUGUCCCUCAGCAGGGUGGGGACAGCACGACUGUGGACACAAGGAGGACGUGAGAAUCCUGUGUUCAGAGCACAAGCAGCUGAGGCUGUCUGCAGGCUGAUCAGGACAGGUAGAGGUUUACUACAAUGGCACCUGGGGCAGUGUGUGUCAGAACGGCAUGACGGACAUUACAGCUGCAGUGAUCUGUAAACAGCUGGGCUGUGGAGACAAGGGCACCAUCAGAGAGACAAACUCUAGGCUGAGCCCGGAUCCCAAAUGGCUGGACUUUGUCUCCUGUCGCAAACAUGACUCCACCCUGUGGCAGUGUCCCUCCUCCCCCUGGGGUCAGAAUGACUGCACAGACCGGGAAGUGGCUAACAUCACCUGCUCAG